AUGUGCAUAAAUAUUAUUGAAGAGUUUGCAGAUUAGCUUUAUCAAGAUUAAAUUUAGAACUCGAAAUAAUAAAACUCAGCAGUUCUUUAUCAGAUAAAUUAGCAAGCCUAAAAAAUUGCUUGGCAAAUAAAUCUGAUUAAUUAGUUUUUUGGAAAAGAGAUUCUUAACCAAGUUGGAAAGAAUAAAAAAUACAUUCCUGCAAUUCACAAUAUAGAUAGAACAUACAUUAAUUAAGAAAAUAAAGCCAUUCUUGCACUUUUUAAGAAGAAUCCAAUUUAUACAAGUGUUUGGCAUUAGGUUAAUAAAGCUCACUUAGAAGAUUUAGACUAAAAGUAAUUAGAACAAGUGUACCAUUCAACACAUUUAGAUUAUAUUUGGAAAACUAUCAAAUAUGAUAACUCCAAAGAAAGUUCUAGAUGGUUAUAGAUUGGAGCAAUAUAUUUAGGGUUUUCUUAUGAUGGCAUGAUGUAUGUAACUAGCAACAAUACUACUUAUGCAGCCUACUAAAUUCCUCCUGGAUGCCCUUACAUUGGACCAUAUAGACUGGAUAUUCGAUGUAGAUACUACUAUUAACCCACUAUUGAUAAUAUUUCAACAGUAAUAUUUUCUCCUUAGCUAAAUUUUGGAUUUGGAACUUAUUAUUUUGCCAGUAAUUUUUGCUAAAGGACUAUGAGGUACGCAACCUCAGAUCCUAAUUCUUCAAGUAGUCCUUAUUGCGUGCUGUGUAUCACAUUAAGUUUAUCUGUAAUACCAGCUUACUUCAACAAUUUUAGUUCUAAUUCUAAAUAUUAAAUGCUGCUAGAUCCACUAUAACUAACAGUAGUUUAUAGCUCUUUGUCAUCAGUACAACAAUCCCAAUCAAUUACUGUUUAACAAAUAGAGACUUAAUACUUGCAAGAUUAAACACAAUCAUAAAUAUUCUUAGAAAAUGUUAGCCAGUUCAAAAACUAUAUUCUGUAAAGUAGUGAUCAAAUAGAUAUACUUACUCCUUAUCAGAAUACUUAAAAAACAUUUGAAUAUAAUAGAAAUGGUACAGACUGUUUUGUUAUUUUAAAUAUUGUAACUCUUGUAGAUAAAGUACCAAAAUUUGAAACAUUAAAGUCAAUUGAUCCUGCUAAAAAAUUUCAAUUGAAAAGUGUUUACCUAUUUUUAGAUGUUCUUUCUAAACAAAAUAUGCAAAUUUAUGCAUAAAAUCUAGAAAAUACAAUUCUUUAUUAUUAUUAAAUUUUUACUUACAUAAGUUGGAGUUUAAUUAUUAUCAUUCUAAUUGUUUAAACUUAUUAUUCUAUCUAGCUUGGGUCAUUUGUUUUGUAACCUGUUAUUCACCUAACCUAUAUACUCAAGUAGAUAAAAUUUAUGAAUCAAAAAUAAAUGCAAUAUGAUAAAGUAGUUCAAACUAAUGAAAAGAGCUUUAAAUUAAUAGAGUCACAAACCAGUUUUAUAACGACAGAGAAUCAUACUCAGUAGGAUCAAGUAGUUAUAGAUGAAUAGAUUGAUGCAGACUUUUAAGGCUUGUGCUAUUCUAGUGAUACAUAAGAGCUUUUAGAUAGUUUUUAAAAUCUAUUUAAAAUUUUAAGGUUUACAACUUAAAACUUUUAUAAUGAGAAUGAGAGUAUAUCUUUAUUAAAUCUAAAUAUUUAGAUUUAACAUUUCAAAUAAUUUGGCAACCAAAGAGCACUAGGAGUAUGCUAUAAUAAUAUGGGUGUUAUUCAUUACAAUUGCGGUAGAUUUUAUGAAGCUUUACAAAAUUUUUAAAAAGCAAUAAUUUGUGCUAAAUAUGAAUUAGAAAUUUAUUCAUAAGAUAAAAAUGAAAAAAACAUUGAAGACAAUAUAAAAAGACAAACAGUGCAUCUUAGAAAUACAAUUUCUUAAAGAAUAUCAUUUUAUGACAAUAAAGAAAUGAGUAAGCAUGGUUUACAACAAUAAGAAAUAUCUAAAGCUAAAAGUUACUUUAAUGAGAAUUAUCAACUCCACUUAGAAACAGAGUAGCUUUAUUGGAAUUUAUUUAACAGAAGUACUAAUUAUUAUGAUUCCUUGUUUUAAUAUUCAUAAUAAUUUGAUAAUUAUUUAUUGGAUAUAUAUGAAGAUUUAGUUAUUGAAAAUAUGAGUUUGAGCUAACUUUAUCUUCCUCCAUCUUUAAAGAGAGAUUUUAUUAUUUAUUAUGCUUUAUCAAAAGGAAAACUUUAUAAAAAUCAAUUAAAAGAAGUCGAUAGCAUUAUAAAUAAAUUAAAUUUUCUAUAUUUGCAAAACUUUGAAUAUAAAUAGAGCAUAGGGUUGAAAAGUUUAUAUUAACCUUUUUUGCUUAAUUAAUCAAACUUGGGUGAUAAUAAUCAUAAAAUUACUAAGGAUAAAAAAUAAAUAGAAAUAAAAAUAGACAAUAUGAAUGAAUCAGUGAUUUUGAUGGCACCUGUUUAAAAAAUAAGAGAUAAAAAUCAGUCUUAAAUUAUUAGCAAUUAUCUAAAAAAUAGAGUUGAUGAUAUUAUUUUAUAAAAAAGAAAUAAUGUUUCUCUAUCAAGAAGUCCUGCUUAAAUUCAAAGAUAGCAAAUUCUAAAUAUUACAUAUGAUAUAAAGGAAUCAAACAAACAAUACGAUUAAAAUCAAAAAGAAAAUUCUUAAAACUAACUAAACUAAAGUGAUUAAAUAAAUUAGUACCUAGAAAAAGAAAAAACUUAAAUAAAAAGCAAUUUUAAUAAUGCUUAUCAAUUACCAACAAACUCACCUGUUUUUAAAGAAUAAAAAGAACUUUUUACUUUUUAAUACUCACAAAGAGAGAAUAAUUUUUCUUAAAGCCAAUUUAACCCUAAAAACUCAAAUAGAGAUAUUUUGCUAAAAUCUAAAAACAACAAUAAAGAAUUAAUUGAGAAUGCUGUGUAGAAUAUUACUUCUUCAAAAUCACAACAUUCCUAGUUUCUUAAGAAAGAAUAAGCCAAUUUUUUAUCAAGUCAGGAAGAUUCAAAAAGUUGA